AUGGAUCUAACAACUAGUACUACCUUGUUAUACGCCUCUCUGAUCUCCGGCCUCUUUCUAGCAAUAAUUUUCAUCUUUCUUUCAUCUCAUAAACGCCUAAAGAGAAACAACAAUCCCCCAUGUCCAUCACCCACUUUUCCGGUCAUCGGCCAUCUUCAUCUCCUAAAUGGCCUACCUCAUCGGACCCUUCACCAACUCUCCCAAAAACUAGGACCUGUCUUCUCCCUUCAACUGGGAAACCAGCUUGCUGUGAUCAUAUCUUCCCCAUCAGCAGUUGAAGAAUGCUUCACCAAAAAUGAUGCUGUUCUAGCCAAUCGUCCAUUCUUUAUUUCUGGAAAGUAUUUUGGCUACAACCACACUACCGUGAUUAAUGCACCUUAUGGCGAUCAUUGGAGAAACCUGCGACGUCUCAUGACAGUCGAGAUUAUGUCCACCAGUCGUAUCAAUAGUUUCUUAUCCAUUCGACAAGAUGAAGUCAAAUAUCUACUUCAAGGCCUUUAUCAAGUUUCUUCUUCCACUUUUGCACAUGUGGAUAUGAGGUCCCGGUUAUCUGAGCUAUCCUUUAACGUAAUCAUGAGGAUGGUUGCCGGAAAAAGGUACUUUGGCCAAGGAGAACUUUCGGAUUAUGAGGAGGCUAAGGAAUUUAGGAAUAUUGUAAGAGAGGUAUUCGAGAAAAGUGAUGUGUUACAUCCAAAUGAGUUUUUGACAAUUCUAAGGUUAUUUGAUUAUGGUAACUACGAAAAGAACUUGGCCAAGCUUCAAAAGAAGAUGGAUGUCUUCUUCCAACGCCUCAUAGAUCAACGUCGUCUUUCCAAUGAAUGUAACUCAAUGAUUGAUCACUUGCUUGUUUUACAAGAAAAGCAGCCAAACUACUAUACCGAUGAAAUCAUCAAAGGGAUUAUACUUGUUAUGAUACUUGCUGGUACAGAUACAUCAUCAGUGACAUUGGAAUGGGCAUUGUCACUAUUAGUAAAUCACCCUGAGGUAUUGAUGAAGGCGACCACCGAGAUAGAUUCCCUAAUCGGUCAAGACCGCCUAGUGGACGAACCCGAUCUUGCUAAACUCCCUUAUCUUCAAGGAGUUAUCUCUGACACUCUUCGAUUGUUCCCGGCGGCACCACUCCUUCUCCCUCACAUGCCAUCGGAAGAUUGUAAGAUUGCUGGAUUCGAUGUGCCUCGUGGAACGAUGUUAAUAGUUAAUGCAUGGGCAAUUAAUAGAGAUCCAAAUGUUUGGGAAGAAGCAGAAAAGUUCAAACCUGAGAGAUUUGAAGGCAAAAAAGAUGAAAAAAUACCCAAAAUAAUAUCAUUUGGAUUGGGGCGAAGGGCUUGCCCCGGAGAAGGGCUAGCCCAACGUAUCAUGGGGCUUACAUUGGCUUCACUAAUCCAAAGCUUUCAAUGGGAGAGGGUGAGUGAAAACGGAUUAGUUGAUUUAACCGAAGGGAUAGGCCUUACCAUGCCUAAAGCUCAACCACUCGAGGUUAUGUGCAAAGCUCGUCAUAUCUUGCACAAACUUUUUUUGAUGAGCUGUCCUCAUUCUUAUGUAUACUAGCUCUUUCAUUAUUAUUUUUCUUGUUUUGAAUUUGUACAACUUAAUAAUAAACCCCUUUCCAUGAUGGUGUUGUAAGAAUAUGUUAAGGUUUUGGUAAAGGAAUUUCAAAAUCUAAGAUCAGUA